AAUGUUAGAAACUUGCAAGCGAGAUUGAGUAUUUAUCCUCCUUUAAUUAAUCAUUCUGUUAGUCUGUAGUCUGUACUCGCUAGUCGCUACUCGGUAGUGGAGAAGUAUCCUCAGCCUUCCGUUGAAGAUGACGACGACCGCUUUCGAUCCUUCGCUGCUAUUCUCCGUCGGUUCUUUCUCUUCCUCCUACGAAUUCAAGGUUCGCUCCGGCGUUCGAGGAAGAAAUCUAUCUCCCAUUAAAUCUGGCGGCAGAGCCAACAAAGCCUCCUCUCUAACCACCACCAUCACCACCACCAACAACAGCAACGAUGAUUCCAGUGAAAGUGACUUUGGUGCUUUCGGUAGAAGAGGACUUAUUCUUACAGCUACGCUGCCAUUUAUUCUUCGACUUCAUAGCUCAACAAAUGGGUUUGAAGCCCAUGCCGCAGAUGAAUUUGCACUUAUACGAGAAGAGGUGAGGAAGGUAGUGUCAACAGAAAGGGCUGCUGGUGUACUUAGACUGGCUUUUCAUGAUGCAGGAACCUUUGAUAUGGAAGAGAACUCAGGUGGCAUGAAUGGUUCCAUAAUUUAUGAACUUGACAGAUUUGAAAAUGCUGGUCUUAAAAAAUCCUUGAAGAUUGUAGAGAAGGCUAAGAGUGAAUUGGACAAAAUAAAACCAGUAUCUUGGGCGGACAUGAUUGCUGUUAGUGGUGCUGAAGCAGUUUCAGUAUGUGGAGGUCCCAUCAUUCCAGUUCAGCUAGGAAGGAUGGAUUCAAUGGUGCCUGAUCCAGAAGGGAAGCUUCCUCUUGAAACUCUAGAUGCUCCUGGUCUGAAACAAUGUUUUCUAAGAAAAGGCUUCUGCACACAAGAACUUGUUGCCUUGUCUGGGGCACAUACUCUUGGAGGUAAAGGUUUUGGAAGUCCAACUGUUUUUGACAAUUCAUACUACAAAAUACUUCUGGAGAAGCCAUGGCUGUCUUCAGCUGGCAUGUCAAGUAUGAUUGGGCUACCAUCAGAUCAUGCACUAGCUGAGGAUGAUGAAUGCUUAAGGUGGAUCACCAUAUAUGCAAAUGAUCAGAAAAGGUUCUUUGAGGAUUUCAAGAAUGCCUAUGUUAAACUAGUGAAUUCUGGAGCAAGAUGGAAAAGUGUUUAAGAAUUUGUUACAAGUAGUAAAGCAGCUGGAAUGUCAAGAUUGAGCAACCAAUAGAUCAUGCACUGGCUGAGGCUGUUGAAGUUAUGGUUCUUUGUUCUCUCUUUCCUGUAUUCUAACCAGAUAUGAUGUCUCAAUAUGUGGAUUACGAAUUAUGACCAUGGUCUAUCACGCCUGGGUACUGCCAGUAAGCUUUAUGGAAAACCUGAAAAUGGAUGGCACAUGACCUACACUUAAUAGGCAAAUCUUCAUAGGCAGUUAGGCUGAUUUUAUAGUUUCCCAUGAAUAUUCUGCUAUUCAUCAGCAGAACUUUGGGCCUGAUAAAUCUCUCCUUUGGUGUGUGCUUAAGAUGGAUAUACUCCUUGUGUGCAGGUGGUUUGCAACAUAUGCAAAGGAUUGAAAAAAAAAAAAGGAUCCUUUGAAGAUUUCAAGAACCACUAUACUAAACUGGUGAUCUUUGGUGCAAGAUGGAAAAAAUGUUUAAGAAUUUGCUACAAGUGCAGUAUAGAAGUAAGCAUUCUUUCUUCUUGAUCAGAUUUACCAUUUGAAUGUAAAGAAUAGGAAAAUCUAGAAAUGCUUUUAUUGGCAUACUUUUUAUUUACUACACUAGUCGGUAUCCUAACUGUCAAACCAAUGGAAUUGAUUGUGGUUUUACUGGACCACUGCCACUGAAUUAUGAGUAUUCCUGUGAAUUAUUGAUGAAGAUCAUUCACUUGAUGCAAGUUUCUGGCCAGGACUGAUCAAGUUAAUGGUCCAUAAUUUGGACCAUUUGAUAUGAUAGGUAUGGUUAGAUUGGACAAGUUGAGUUGAUGGGUGUGGUCCGUGUGGACUGCAAUAUUUUAGCAAUUAUCUGCCUAAUCUUAUUCUUGUAUUAGGAGAAAAAAUGCAUAAAAUCAGUAUGUCCAGUUUGGACUGUAGCUUUGCAAAACUGGAUUAAUCGAUUUGCAUCUUGACUCUGUCAUAAUCCUUGUGGUCCGGAGAUGGGCAAGGUUGGGAGCUUUCCCACGUGAGAAUCUGUCUGACACAUGCAAGGAAGAGCAGAGAGUAUGUAUUACUGCCAAUAGAUAAUUUUGCUUCUUUCCAGCAUCACUACAGUCAAAGAGGGUCCUUGUCGGUAUCUUCUUCUGUGAAACAAGGAGUCAAGGACUGGGGAGGUUUGUGUCGUUCAUCUAUCCCUUGUACACAGAAUGAAGAACGUGCAAUCUCUUUUCACCCUGUGUUUGGUAAGGCCCAUUUAGAAUGUGUUGCCAAGCGAUUCUCUUUUCUUUGUUUUGUUCUGAAGGUCUGUCCCUUGACUCAAACCAGUAUCGCUAGCAUUUCUGAGAGAGAGAGAGAGCUUGAAAAUUGACAAAGGAUCAGGGUUCCAUUAUUCAAUGGAUUCCACCUUGAAGAUUAUCUGGGCCAAAAAGCAGCUUGAAUUUAUAUACAAAUUGUUUAUUUUUAA